AUGGAUACACUCUCCAAGGUUCAGGAGCUUUUUAUGCGGAUACCAUUGAUCCUAAAAACCCUCCUGCUCCAUAGCAUUCGCAUGUCCCCUGGAACAGGGAAGCAGAGCCUGCGCACUGAGUUACUCGUCACAAUAAUCCGCUCAUUCCUGACCUUCUCAUCUCCGGUCAUUAAGACCCAGCAAGAUAGCAUGCGCGACCCAGGGAUCAAGGGUCCCAUGUGGGUAUCCAAGGUCACCAUGCCACAUCCUGAAUUUGACGUGCGCGAUGCCGUUCUCCAAGCCAUUGAGGAUCUCAAGACCGGCGACGUGACGUUUGAUAUUCCAGCUAUCGCUGAUGUAGAAGCUGAGUGGACAGGUUACCGAUCUGGCGUGGAUAAGAACGCACCCCUACCUGAUAUCUCGGAGGAGCAGAAGUACCACGAGAUGCGAAAGGAGGUAUCGUCUGAUAUGACCAUACUCUAUUUCCACGGCGGCGCAUACUUUAUGAUGGACCCCUGUACUCACCGUGUGCCUGUUGCACGUUUGUCUCGAUUGACAGGCGCACCCGUCUUCUCGGUCCGAUACAGACUAGCACCGCAAAACCCAUUCCCAGCAGCGCUGGUCGAUGCCCUGACAGCUUACCUCUCAUUAAUUCAUCCUCCUCCAGGAGCACUGCACGACCCAGUCCCACCAAACAAGAUCGUCAUAGCAGGUGACUCCGCCGGCGGCAACCUAUCGCUGGUCCUGCUGCAGACGCUCCUCACUCUUCGACGCACAUCACGCUCGAUUCGCUUCCAUAGUAAGGAUGUAUCCAUCGAACUACCCGCCGGAGUAGCAACUAUCUCUCCAUGGUGUGAUAUCUCACGCUCUAUGCCAUCCGUCGUGCACAAUGCCAAACUCGACUACAUCAGUAUGCCCGUCCAGUCAUUUGAUGACCCAACUCCAUUCAAGCCAAUUCCCUUCCCACCAGAUGCGGCGUGGCCAGUAUCCCCGCAGCGUGUGGAUAUGUACGUCAACGCUCCAACAACUAACCACCCACUUGUCUCACCACUCGCCGCUCGUCCCGAGCACUGGAAGGAUUCCCCACCUGUAUUUGUCUCCGUCGGUGAAGAGUCACUCGCAGAUGAAGGGUUGAUUCUAGCUCGGCGCAUCCACCAGGCAGGAUCAUUGGUCGUUGCAGAACAGUUUGAAGGUAUGCCACACUGUCAUGGAAUGAUUAUGCUAGAAUCACCGACAGGAAAGCAGUUUUUCGAGAGCAUAUCUGGCUUUUGUCGGGAUGCUGCCGCUGGCCGUGUUACACCAACUGGGACCCUCACUUGGCUGGGAUUCAAGUUACGGGAGACACGGGAGAUUCCACUGGAGGAGGCCUGUGAGGUCAGUGAUGAGCAGGUUGAGGUGCUGAUGCAGAGAGCAGUGGAGUUUAGGGUGCAUUGUGAGAAGGAAUUGCAGAUGGCUUCGCCUGAGCAGUCACAGUUGUAG